ACACCAACGACCAUAACCCGAAAGAAAUGGUGGACGAGUUAUCCUUUCGCCUAAGAGACAUGUCCGACAUCAACGUUCCUCAAUUAGACGACGACAUAGAUUCCCCAACCGAGGACGACGCCCCUCAAAGAGAUUUAUUCACAUCCCGAAUGUUAUUCGGACCAUUAGGCGCCUCCACCUCGACUCAAAUGUCUCCAUUAACCAGGUCUCCAUGGGCCUCCUACGUGGAACGCUCAGCAACCGAUUCCUCGGAUGCAAACACAAGUUACACCGGUUUAGUAGCCUCCCUUGUCCGCGAAGAGGGGAACAUAUAUUCUCUAGCAGCUAAGGGCGAUAUGUUGUAUACCGGAUCCGACAGCAAGAACAUCCGUGUGUGGAAGAACCAUAAGGAGUUUUCUUGGUUUAAAUCGAACAGCGGGCUUGUUAAAGCCAUUGUGAUAGCCGGUGAAAAAAUAUUCACCGGCCAUCAAGACGGGAAAAUUAGGGUUUGGAAGGUGUCCAUGAAGAACCCGAGUGUCCACAAACGGGUGGGGACGUUACCCGCUUUUACAUCCGUUGUAGAAAAAUCGAUGAAGCCGAAAAACUAUAAGGAAGUUAGAGGAAGUCAUAAGAACAUAUGGAUCAAGCAUUUCGACGCGAUUUCGAGCUUAAGUUUUAGUGAGGAUCAGUCACUUCUUUAUUCGGGUUCAUGGGACACGACCGUUAAGGUAUGGAGCGUGUCGGAUUUUAAAUGUUUGGAGUCCAUCGCGGCUCAUGAAGACGCGAUUAACUCGGUUGUGGCCGGUUUGGACGGUUUGGUCUUCUCCGGGUCCGCGGAUGGGACCGUGAAGGCGUGGAGGAGAGAGUAUGAAGGGAAGAGAACGAAACAUUUUUUUAUAGAUAACAUGUUGAAGCAAGAAUGCGCGGUGACGUCUUUGAUUAUUAACAAGGCGGGUACGGUGGUUUACUGCGGUUCGUCGGACGGAUUUUUGUACUUUUGGGAGCGUGAAAAGUUGUUAUCGCGGGCCGGGAGUUUGAAAGGACAUAAAAUGGCGGUUUUGUGUUUGGCGGCUGCAGGGGAUCUGGUUUUUAGUGGUUCAGUAGAUACGAAUAUUUGUGUGUGGAGGAGAGAGAAAGGGGGCGAGCAUAAGUGUUUGUGUGUGUUGAGUGGGCAUACGGGGCCGGUGAAGUGUUUAGCGGUGGAGGAUGAGCGGGGUAUGGGGUCGGUGUGUCGGUGUCGGUGGACGGUGUAUAGCGGGAGUUUGGAUAAGUCGGUGAAGAUAUGGAGUGUGAGUACGGAAACCGCGGAAGGUGAGAGGCCGCAACAACCGAGUGGCUCGUCGCGGGCGAAAAGCUCAUCGGGGCAAAUCUUUUCACGCAUGCGAGAGUGAGUUGAUGUAAUGCAAAAGAAUUCAUGUUUUUCUCAAUAGUUUCGAAAUUGAUACGAUAUGAUCAUUGAAGUCCAAAUUCUUGUAAAUAUAAUAUUUUCUGUUUAGCAUUAGUCAGGGUGUCAUGACAUCAAAACAUGAUUCAAG